GUUAGCAGCAAGAGUUUGUUACAGUAGGCCGAAUCUGGCCAGAGCAUCACAUCGUGGAGUGUUAUUAACUGGUUACAUAAGUUAAGCAGUCUACUGUUUGAUAAAUCUUAACUCAUCGGAAAGUAAACAUGACAAUCACGUUCCGAAUCAAUGGAAAGAAGUUUUUCUUGACUCCAUCCACCGUUCCCAUCGAUACUUCACUCAACACGUUCAUUCGCAACCAUGCCCAUCUCCGUGGUACCAAAUUCAUGUGCCUGGAGGGAGGAUGCGGAGCAUGUAUGGUGAAUGUGUCAAGCUUUCAUCCAGUGAGUGGUGACACCGUUUCGUAUGCAGUGAAUUCAUGUUUGUUUCCCGUGUUCGCAUGUCAUGGGCUGGAUAUCGUUACCGUUGAAGGAAUCGGAGAUGAGCAAAUGGGCUAUCAUGCAACGCAGAAAGUUCUGGCGCACUUCAAUGGUACGCAAUGCGGAUACUGCUCGCCGGGAAUGGUCAUGAACAUGUACAGCCUGUUGGAGUCGAAAAAAGGUCAGGUAUCGAUGGCCGAGGUCGAGAAUGCCUUCGGAGGCAACAUUUGCCGAUGCACCGGCUAUAGACCAAUUCUGGACGCCUUCAAGUCACUGGCAUAUGAUGCGGAACCUAGGUUGAAACAGGUUUGCAUGGACAUUGAAGAUCUGACCAAGAUUUGUCCCAAAACCGGAGGUGCUUGCGCCGGGAAAUGCUCUGCCGCUGGAAAUGUUAACGAAAAGAAGGGCGUUCAUAUGAGUUUCGCUGAAGACAAGGAAUGGCACAAGGUAUACUACAUUAGCGAUGUGUUCGCCAUUUUUGAAAAGAUCGGAACGAAGCCUUACAUGUUGGUUGCUGGCAACACUGCUCAUGGAGUCUACCGUAGAUGCGACAAACUACAGGUAUUCAUCGACGUCAGCUCCAUCGAGGAACUUCGUUCGCACUCACUUGGAAGCAAUUUGAUCGUCGGAGCUAACGUAUCGUUAACUGAAUUGAUGAGUAUUCUGUCCAUCGCUGCCAGCAAGAACCCUAACUUUGCGCAUUGUACGGAACUUGUCAAGCACAUCGACCUGAUUGCCAACGUUCCCGUGCGGAAUACCGGAACGAUUGCCGGAAAUCUAAGCAUCAAGAACCAGCACAAGGAGUUUCCAUCCGAUUUAUACCUGAUUCUGGAGGCUGUUGGAGCAACAUUGAUAAUCGCAGAAUCCAUUGAAGAGACCAAAAUUGUUACUCCUUCAAAGUUUAUCAACAUGGAUAUGAAUAAAAAGUUGAUUCUGAGCAUCACCAUACCUCCUUUCGAUCCAAAGACCCACGUAUUCCGUUCCUUCAAGAUUAUGCCGAGGGCCCAGAAUGCUCAUGCCUACGUCAAUAGUGCCUUCCUGUUCAAGUUUAACAUUAGUCAACCCACUUUGCAAUUCGCAAAAAUUUGCUUCGGGGGAAUACACCCAAAUCUCACUCAUGCUAAAGCAACGGAAACCUAUCUGACUGGUAAAAAUAUCUUCCACAACGACACCAUUCAAAACGCUCUGCGAAUUCUGUCGGACGAACUCACCCCUGAUUGGAUUCUACCGGACGCAUCCCCGGAGUUUCGCAAAAGCUUGGCACUUUCACUAUUCUACAAAUUCAUCCUGAACAUAGCUGCUGAAAAAUGCAUCACAAUAAAACCAGAAUUUGUAUCGGGAGGCACAGUUUUAGAUCGGCCAGUGUCUACCGGAUCUCAACAGUUCGAUACUAUUCCUCAGAAUUGGCCUUUGACCAAGAACAUUCCAAAGAUCGAAGGACUUGCACAGACUUCUGGAAAGUCCCAAUUCAUUAACGAUAUCCCUGCCAUGCCAAACGAACUGUAUGCUGCGCUUGUACUGGCAACUGAAGUCAAUGCCAAAAUAUUGCAGAUCGAUACUAGUGAGGUUUUGAAGAUCCCUGGAGUUCUAGCCUUUUACUCUGCUAAGGACAUUCCCGGUAAAAACGAAGUAAUGCCGUUUAAGAACAUUUGUCCAGAAAAGGAAGAGAUAUUCUGCAGCGGUAAGGUCUUAUACCAUGGACAUCCGGUUGGAGUUAUUGUUGCCGAAUCCUUUGAACUGGCCAAUCGCGCUAGUAAACUAGUCAAGAUAACCUAUGAGUUAUCUAAUGACCCCGUUCUUUCUACCGUCAGCAAAAUCAUUGAUCAUAAUCGAAAUGACCGCAUCAUUGGAACUGAUCAUGGAUUCAUCGGUCAAAAUUUCGAGCAUUCUUCGCAUGGUCCAAUGAGAGUUUCGGGUCAAAUCGACCUAGGUCUUCAGUACCAUUACUAUAUGGAAACUCAAACUUGCAUAUGUAUUCCUGUCGAAUACGAAAUGGACAUUUACCCAUCAACUCAGUGGGUCGAUCUAGUCCAGAUCGCUAUAUCCCAAAUGCUCAACAUCCCGGAAAAUCGUCUAAACAUCCACGUUCGUCGCUUGGGAGGAUCGUACGGAGGCAAAGCCAGCCGAUCGAUAUUCGUAGCAUGUGCUUGUGCCCUAGCAGCACAUCUAACGAAACGACCCGUUCGGUUAAUUAUGACUCUUGAAUCAAAUAUGGCGGCCAUAGGAAAACGCUACGGAUGCCAUUCCAAAUACGAAGUAAGCUUCUCAAAGGAAGGCCGAAUACAGAAGCUCUAUAACAAAUUCAUUCACGAUUCCGGGUCGUCGUACAACGAGACACCUUUCUACAUAAACGAUUACUACCACAAUUGCUACGCUAAUGAAGGCUUCAAAAUAGAGCCAUUGAACGCUCGUACGGAUAUAGCGAGCAACACUUGGCUUAGGGCACCGGCAUCAGUCGAAGCAACUGCCAUGAUCGAAACAAUCAUGGAGCACGUGGCUCAUGCAACAGGGUUGGAUCCAUUGGACGUCCGCAUGUCAAACAUAGCCGAUGGCUCAAAGAUGAUAGAGUUGCUACCACAAUUUCGCCAAGACGUUCAGUAUGACGAUCGAAAGGCAGAAGUGAAUCGCUUCAAUCAGCAAAACCGUUGGCGAAAGCGAGGAAUUGCCAUCGUUCCUAUGCGAUAUAAAAUGUGCUAUUUGGGAGCACUGCACGCAUUGGUUUCCAUCUAUCACGGUGACGGGACGGUUUCCAUUGCUCACGGAGGAAUCGAAAUGGGCCAGGGGUUGAACACGAAAGCCGCCCAAGUGGCAGCUCACGUGCUAGGAAUUCCGCUGGAGAUGAUCGUCAUAAAACCAACCAAUAAUCUGAUAUCGCCAAAUGCAGUUUGUACCCAGGCUAGUUACACCAGUGAAGCAGUCGGCUAUGCAAUUAAAAAGGCAUGUGAAAUUCUGCUCACACGAAUUCAUCCCAUCCGAGAGAAGAGCGAGGAUGCUUCAUGGAAGUUCAUAAUUGAGCAAGCUCAUCGUGAGAAUAUAGAUCUCAGCGCUACCUACAUGUACAAAGAGUCAGAACUUCAACCGUACAUAGUUUGGGGACUAAGUUGCGCUGAAGUUGAAAUCGACGUUCUCACCGGAAACCUACAGAUUACCAGAGUGGACAUCUUGGAGGACACUGGAGAAAGCUUGAGCCCUGGAAUAGAUGUUGGUCAAAUCGAGGGUGCCUUCGUCAUGGGAUUGGGAUACUUUCUAACUGAAAAGAUUAUUUUCGAUCCAACCAACGGCGAACUGCUAACCAACCGUUCAUGGAACUACAAACCACCGGGAGCGAAGGACAUUCCAAUCGAUUUUAGGAUUCGCUUCCUACAGAACAGCCCGAAUCCGGUGGGUGUCCUAAGAUCGAAAAUCACCGGAGAGCCAGCUUCCGUUAUGAGCGUUGUGGUUCUGUUCGCAAUCCGGCAUGCGCUGAUAUCGGCAAGGACCGAUGCCGAUCCUGCUGGCGACAAAUGGGUUUCAUUGGGAGCACCCACAACGCCUGAAUUGAUACAUUUAUUGACUGGGAAUUCUAUUGAACAGUACAAACUCAGUUAA